CCAGCUGACUAGCUGGGGAGAGAGGCAGUGAGAGAUUUACAGUGUUCAUUUCAGCUGUGAUUUUCCACACAACGAGCUGAAAUGAUCAAUAUUCAGAUGAUGACGCAUCAAAGAAAAAAAUGCAGAGGAAAGAGUGAAUCAAAUGGGCAAGCAUAUUGCAAGUGCGAGGCAGAAAGCAAGUGAGAAAGGGAGUGGAGAGACAGUGCAAGAGAGAGAGAGAAAGAGCACAAGCCAGAAUGAGCUAGCGAGAGAGGGAUAAAUGGCACGGAUGAUCGACAACACUUUGCCGUCUGCAGCUUGCUAGCUUUCAGCCCACGGCUCUGGAGAAAACCCAAAAUAUACCAUGGAAUUUCUUAAUUUGUUUCAGAUCAGGAGGCUUGGUAUUUCUUUACUACUUUUUGCAUUCACUCCAUUGGCUUUUUUCCCCUUGGAUUUGUCCUUCGUCUGGCUUUUCCAGAAGUCUGCAGAAAAGGACAGUUGAAUGCAGUCACUGAUGUUCACAAAAGAAUGGGUUUUCAUUCCAAGGUGGCCAUUGGCGGGACAAGCACCAGCAGCACUUUGUGUAAUCAGCAUGCUACUGUGCCUCCCUCCUGCGUCAUGCACAGCCUGCCCUCAGAAAUGCCGUUGCGAGGACCUGCAGUUUUACUGCGACACGCAGGGACUCCUGGCGCCCCCAGAUGGCGUGGACAGAGGAGCCCUUGGACUCUCGCUCCGGCACAACAGCUUCACCGAGCUGAGCCCUGACCAAUUUUUUGGCUUCACCCAGCUAACCUGGCUCCAUUUGGACCAUAACCAAAUACUCAACGUGCAUGAAGAUGCCUUCCAGGGGCUUUACAAGCUCAAGGACCUGAACCUGAGCUCCAACCGCAUCACUAAGCUGCCCAACACAACCUUCAUCCACCUUAUCAACCUCCAAAUCCUGGAUCUAUCCUUUAACCAGAUGACUGCACUGGAGCCUGAGCUCUUUCAUGGGCUUCGGAAGCUCCAGAUCCUCCAUCUGAGGUCCAAUUUACUGAGGACUAUGCCUGUGCGAGCCUUCUGGGACUGCUGGAGUCUGGAAUACCUUGGUUUAAGCAACAACCGGCUUCGGAGCCUGGCGCGGAAUGGAUUCGCUGGGCUAAUAAAGCUACAGGAACUCCAUUUGGAACACAACCACUUGACCAAGAUCAAUCUGGCCCACUUCCCACGUCUUGUCACCCUCCAGUUCCUCUAUCUGCAAUGGAACAAGAUUAACAAUUUAACCUGUACCAUGGAGUGGGAGUGGACCACUCUGGAAAAACUGGAUCUAACUGGGAAUGAGAUACGCACGCUAACCCCUGAAGUGUUUGAAACUUUACCAAACCUUAAGGUUCUGCUGCUGGAUAACAACAAGUUGACCAGCCUUGAUACCCAAACCACGGAUAUGUGGAAGUCUCUGAACACCAUCGGGUUGUCCAACAACCUUUGGGAAUGUACCAAUAGAAUCUGCAACUUGGCCAGUUGGCUUAGUAAGUUUAAGGGUCGAUGGGAGCAAUCCAUCCUAUGCCACAGUCCUGAGUACACACAGGGUGAGGAAAUACUAGAUGCUGUUCAUGGAUUCCAACUCUGUCAAAACAUCUUAGCGCCUAUUGCACCGACCAGCACUACGAGGGAGGCCACGUUACCCCAACAAUUCACUAGAUCUUUGUUUGGGAAUAUGCAGACACCAACACAGGACUUCUAUGCAGAGAAUUUGGGGAGCUUUAGUAUUUUCACCACUGCUGCCAAAACCCCACAAACUACUGUUUCUACAACUACAGAUGAGAUGGAAGAUGUUACUGAUGACUCUGCUCUGAUGGACAACAUGGUACUAACCCAGACAAUAAUUGUAGGUACCAUGGCUCUUUUGUUUUUCUUUUUUCUCAUCAUUUUCAUAGUGUACAUCUCUUGGAAGUGCUGCCCACACUCUAUACGACGAACCCACCACUGCUUGACCAUUCAGAAUAGACAGCAGAACCAGACACAAGAAAGGCAGCCGAUGGCAGACCCAGCCACACAGUUGCCCUAUAAUGAAUAUGAGCUGACUCACAACGACGGUGCACUUGUAAUCAUAAAUGGCUACGGGCAGUGCAAGUGUCAGCAACCAUCUUACAAAGAGUGUGAAGUAUAAACACUAUUUAUUUACUCAGAUGAUUGGUUGACCAUUUUGACCAUUUCAGAUAAUACAAGAUUUGUUUAUGAAUAUUUCAGUUUGUAAAGAAAAAUGAAAUACAUGCUUUUUUCCUGGCUUUGAAAUUCAAUAAAAAUGUGAAGGUCAAACCUUAUGGUAUUUUUAGAGAAAUAAUAUGAAAAACAAAACAAUAAAAACAAUAUGACAGCAGUCUUAAAUUACAGAAUAUUGUCUUAUACGAUAUAUGACAUUUCAGUAUUAAUAAGUGAAAUCACUUAGCAAACAGAAAUAAAGGAACAUAAGGGAAAAUAAGUUACCAAUCAUUGCUAAUUGUUUGGUAAUUUAUAACAAAUCUCAAAGUUUUGCACUGGUACUGUAAUAAAUAAAGAUAUUAGAAUAGGACUGGAAGAAGAUGCCAUGAGAUCUGAACAAUGCACAUUAAUUUAGAAUAUAAGGAGAAAAAAAUGGGCAAAGGAUUGACCAUGAUAGUUCAAACCAUUGCCUUAGCUAGAAACAUUUCUUUCUUUCUUUCUUUUCAUUACACUACAUGAUAGCUGGCUGAAAAAGAGAUCCAAUGCAUAGUUUAUUGAAAGAAUUAAACAAUUGGAGUGAUGUGAUUGUAGGAAAAUAAUCAACAAUGGAGUGGUGUGACGUGGCCCAACACAAAGCGUAGUUAUUGUUACCACCUCAAAGUUAACUAUUUUCCUACAACACCACAUCAUGAAGUGUUUUAUUCCUUUUACACAACAGAAAUGUGCCAAUGCUUACAUUUCUUAAAUUAUUAUUUAAAGAAAAUGUCAUGCAAUUUAUCCAUUUAUAGUUUCAUUUAAUGUUGUGGCGCUAUACAAAGCUAUAAACAGUCGUUCCCUCACCAGCAUCUCUUUUUUCUAUAUCUUAAAAUGAAUAAGGUGAAAACAAAACAAAACAAACAAACAAACAACAACAACAACCACAACAACCACAACGAAAGCAGUUUGACAUGUUCCCAAGAAACUGGAAAGUCCUCUGUCCUGAAGACUCCUCACAGAAAGCUUUACCAUAUCAGAUGAGAAGUUUUUCUUUAUUAAAUAACAACACAUUUCUCAAUCUUUUUGUAAUUAACCUUAGAUUACAUGGAGCAUCUGUCAUACAAGUCCAUGUGAAUGAGCUGUUACUAUAGAAACAAUAACGUAUUAGAACAAGCGCAUUAAUAUAAACCUGUGAUUUGCAGGUUACACUAGUGUCAGAGCGGCUGUUAUAGUGCCAGUCUAGAGCAUUAUUCAAAUCUUCACCGCAGUUAAAUAACGUGUGUGUGGAACAGACUAAUAUUUUCAUUGAGGUGGCGAAGAAAAGACACUUGUGUGUGGAACCGAUAUUUUGAUUGAAGCAGUGAAGAAAAACGUGACCUGAUUUUCACUGUGAUGAAUUACCAGGCUGAAAAGAUUUCCAAGUCUCUGCAUGGUUGUUUUCAUGCUUAUGAACUAAAUGGAUAAAUGGAAACCGCUGGCUGCCUGAAAGGUAGGAAAAAUGCAUUCAAAGUGCAGAAUUGGGAAAAAAAGAAAGCUGUAAACCUGACACAAUGCAAAGUAAAGCUGAUGAUACUUCAUUUGUGGUGACACAUUACGUUACACUAAGGUUAGUGUUCAGGACACCUACAUAAGCUCCUCAUGACAUAAACCCACAGGAGUAUUCAACAUCAGCUGUAAACUGCUUUCAUUGACUUGUGUCAAGUUGGAAUAACGUGAGUUCAUUUUCUUGAUAUAGACUUCAUUUUCUUGACAAAAGGCUGGCAUGAAAAUUGGCUUCGUAGCCCAGUUUAUAGUGGUUCUCUGGCACCUAAGUGCAGUAUCAACUAAUCAACUAUUAAUGAACUACAUUGAUUUUUUCCCCAAGUUUAAUAUUGUGUGUGGAUUCAUGACAUAAAAAUUCAAUUAAGUCCAUUUCAGUUCCAAGUUUAACACUGCAAAAUGUCAAAAAGUUUAAAGGGGAUGUACUUUACACACCACCAUUAGUGCAGUAGUGUUUCUACCUUGUCGAUUAGAGAAGCAAGACACAACUGAAACGAAAGAAAAGAAGAACUGGUGCGGAUAAACAGAUUGGCUAAUGGAGGGACAGGGAGGUGAAGAGUACGUACAGUAUAUAGUAAUCAGCAGACAGAAAUUCCACAGCAGCUUGAAGAUGAUCAGAAGUGAAGCAGUGUGAUGAAAUGACCCAUGCAAGUACAGUAAAAACGAGGGAUGUGAGAGAGCUCAGUGCUGCAAGGUAGGAUAAGAAGAAAAACAGAAUUCAGCUUGGCUAACUUGCCUUCUUUCUCUGUAAUUAUGUCAGGCUCAGCAUCAUUAAAAUUCAAUAACAACACACUUUUUAGAUGGCUUGUCUUGUCUGUAUUAUUAAUAUUAGAGACUAAUAUUAGAGAACACUGAAACCAUUAUCAGGGUGUUACAUCGUAAAACAUCGCAAAACAUCAUGAAGGAGGAAUAAAGAGGAAUAAAGAGCUGGGAAUAUAGGAUGUUUUAAAGGAAAUCAUAUAAAGUGGUCAUACAAUUGUCCUAGUUUGCUAAUUGUCUGAGACAAAAAUAUUGUUUGUGUCAAAAAUUAUAUGAUUGUGAUUGAAUUUCUAUAAAGAAUUUCACUAUUUCACUAAUUUCACCUAAAAUGAUAAUAUCAUAAAAUGAUAAUAUGAUAAAAAUGUUGCAUUGAUA